ACCGCACAGAAAGCGGAUCCAGAUCCUGGUUCCCACCGAGCGGCAGCAGCAGCAGCAGCAGCGGGACUCGGACGGUUCGUCUGCGGGGUUUUGGUGCAGCGGAGGGCGGCUGCAGGUCGGAGCUUCUCUCCGUGUGCACGGCUGAGGGGGGCCGAGGGCUGGAGCUCAACAUGUCGCAGUUUGUGGAGGCUUGAAGGAGGAUUUUUACGGGAGGAGCUGCGGGACUCGGAGUGUUCCUCCAGCGGGGAGGGAAGCAGUCUCUUGUGAAGCCGCCACCAUUCCGUGCUGUAAGGCCGACCCCAAAAUGUCUUCCAACGGAGACCUCAGCGACCUGGGGAGCUCGGACAGCUUCUGGGAGCCGGGGAACUACAAAAGGACGGUGAAGCGGAUCGACGACGGCCACCGGCUGUGCAACGAGCUGGUCAGCUGCUUCCAGGAGCGGGCGAAGAUCGAGAAGAGCUACGCUUUACAGCUGAGCGACUGGGCCAAGAGGUGGAGGGGCGUCGUGGAGAAAGGGCCUCAGUACGGGACUCUGGAGAAAGCCUGGCACGCCUUCAUGCAGGCGGCCGACCGGCUCAGCGAGCUGCAUCUGGAGCUCCGUGAGCGUCUGGCGGGCGAAGACAGCGAGAAGGUUCGCGGCUGGCAGAAAGACGCCUUCCACAAGCAGAUGAUGGGAGGAUUCAGGGAGACCAAAGACGCCGACGACGGCUUCCGCAAAGCUCAGAAACCCUGGGUCCGAAAACUGAAAGAGGUGGAGUCCAGCAAGAAGAGCUACCAUCAGACCAGGAAGGAGGAGUGGACGGCGGUUACCAGGGAAACGCACGCCAAGGCCGACCCGUCCAAGUCGCAGGAAGAAGUUCGCAAAUACACGAACCGGGCGGAGCGCUGCAACCAGGAGGCCGAGAAAGCGAAGGAGCGCUACAAAAAGGCCUUGGAGGAGCUGAACCGCUGCAACCCUCGAUACAUGGAGGACAUGGAGCAGGUGUUCGACCUCACGCAGGAGGCCGAGCGCAAGAGGCUGCGCUUCUUCAAAGACGUCCUGCUGGACAUCCACACACACCUGGACCUGUCGGCCAAGGACAGCUUCACAGAUCUGUACAGAGAUCUGGGUCAAACCAUCCGAGCAGCCAACGACAGCGAGGACCUGCGAUGGUGGAGGAACACCCACGGACCGGGCAUGAGCAUGAACUGGCCCCAGUUCGAAGAGUGGUCUCCGGAGGCGAGUCGCUCCAUCAGCAGGAAGGAACGCUCCGGACGCUCCGAGGAGAACGUGGUGACUCUGACCAACAUCGUCUCCUCGGGCGGAGGCGACGCCCCGCCGAGUCCCAUCACCGUGGAUACGGGCAGGGUGAAGGAUUAUUCCUCGGACUGGUCGGACGAUGAGAGUCCUAAGAAGGCUCUGGCUGUGAACGGCGUCGGGGAGGCCGAGGACGACGAGGAGCAGCAGGUAGAAGGAGUCCGAGUCCGAGCGCUGUAUGAUUACACAGGACAGGAGGCGGACGAGCUGAGCUUUAAAGCAGGCGAGGAGCUGCUGAAGCUGGGGGAGGAGGACGAGCAGGGCUGGUGUAAAGGUCAGCUGGCCGGAGGUCAGGUCGGCCUUUAUCCCGCCAACUACGUCCAGGUCGUGACCUCCUGAUGCCCCGCCCCCUCUGCUCAGCCAGCCAAUGGUAACUCUACACUCAAGAUGCCAGGACCAAUCAGAAGCUGUUAGCGCUGACACGUAGACGCAACCUCGGACACUUUUUGGUUACUGACUGAAAAGCUCGUCACUGAGUUUUUAAUAAUACUUUCUGUUGUUUGAGCUUUUUUGAAAACCAGCCGGAGCUGAAGUUCCCUUAUUGUGAAAGGCCAACUGCAGUAGAAAAACAUGGACGUGCAUCCUGUCACGCCAUCCGCCGACUUCUGACGUUUUAUUGAACUCUGGAUUUUUAGUUUUCUGCUCACUGCCAUCGCUUUCUGUGCAAAGAGUCCGAAAAAUCUACAUUUAAUGAAGAGGAGACGAAGCCUGGGUGGAGCUGAGGUGGAACAAGACACAAUGAACGACUGGUCUGAUUGGUCCAAACAUGUCAACCAAUCAGUUAAUCAUUUAAAACCUACUUUUUUUAAAGCAAUAAUUUGAAGUUUUGGGAAAUUACCCACCAAGUUGGACAAGAAGAUCAAUACCACUCUCAUAUAAAACUAACACCAGCCGCUAGUAAGCUUAGCUUAGCAUAAAGACAGAAAACAAGGGAAAACGGCUAGCUUACCAGUUACCCCAAAACACGUCACAUCUGGUUUGUUUGGUUUGUGUUAAACCCAAAAUGCAAAAAUGACAAAUUGUGGUUUUGCAGGACUUGUGGACGUGCUGUUAGACAGACAAGCUUUUUUCCACUUUUUACAGUCUUGGAUGCUUAUGCUAAGCUAAGCUAACCAACUGCGGGCAGUAAUGUCAUAUGAGAUAUGGGAAUGUGGUAUUAAUCUUAACAUCUAACUUUUUGCGACACAGCAAAUACGUACAUUUCCCAAAACGUCAAACAUAUUGUUUUAGAAACAUUUUCAAUAUUAAAUAAAUCACCUUGUUACAUAAAGUCAGACUUCUUAUGGGGCAAAAUAUCUUAAUUUAAAAAGGAAAGUUGAUGUUUUUUGUUUUCUCUGAUGCAACAUUUAGUUACCAUCUUCUCCAUUCAGCUGCGGUGGCUGCAGUUUGAAUUGAAGACAUAAAGAAUAACCCAAUGAAAGACUUAGUGCCUUAGUCCAUGAGGCCAGAAAUGUGCAGCGCCGCCCUGCUGGCUGGUUGAGGAAUUACAGAACAGAAAUGCGCAGUAGGGGCAGACGGAGCUGAUUUAUAUUAUUCGUAAUCACGCUGACCGGUGACCAAUAUUUACAAGCAAUAUACAUUUGGAUUUAAAGUUAAAAUACAUGGUGUACAAUUUUAGAAUAAAAUGUACAUAUGUUUUUGAAAAGACAACUUUUCGACACUUAUCCCUCAGUGUUGAGGCUAUUAUUUGUGACUUAUAACUAAUUACAUUCCUGAAGAGCACCAAGUUAUGACUACAGAUCAUGAGGAGGCUGCAUCACAGCCAUAGUGACUUGUUUUUAAAUUAAUUUAUUUCAUUAGGAAUCCGUAAUAAAAAAUCUUACUGGUAAUUGGAAAGAUUCAAAAUAUGACAAUCGCUCAGGCAGAUGAUUGGUCGACCCCAAUGUGCAGCAGCACCCUCUUGUCUGAACCAAAGUUAUAGCGCCACCCUCCUGUCUGACCAAGGAAUUGCAGCCUUGCAGUGUUCAGCAGCGCCACCCUGCUCUCCAACAGAAGAAUUACAGCCCAAAAAUGUGCAGCACUGACCAGCUGUUUGAUGGAAGAGUACGAACAUAAAAUUCUUCACACUGUUAUCUGAUUGAGGAAUUACAGGUGAUUAAUCUGGCGCCGCCCUGGUGCCUAACCAAGGAAUUACAGCCUAAAAUUGUUCGGCAGCACCUCCCUGCCGCUCGACAGAAGAGUUACAAACUAGAAAUGUGCAGCAGUGCCCUGCUGUGUAACUGAGGAAUCCAGCUGAUAGAUGUGGCGUCGCCCUAGUGGCCAACUGAGGAACUGCAUCCCAGAAAUUUGCAUCACCACCCUGUUAUCUGAUUGAGGAAUUACAGCUGAUGAAUAUGGCGCCACCCUGCUUUCUGAUUGAGGAAAUACAGCUGAUGAAUAUGGCGCCGCCCUGCUGUCUGGUUGAGGAACUCCAGUCAUCUACUGAAACCUGUAGAUCUUCUGUUAAUCUACAGUCAUUUCCACGGAGCAGGCAGCACCCGAUUGGCUUCCUCGUCUCCUCCCUGUCGUUUAGCUCAACAACUGUGUGCUUUGGUUGUUCAGUAGAUUUUUAGAUUUGACACUGAAUCCACCCUCUUCCCCUCUUUUUUUUUGAUUUUUAAAAUGUUAUAGGUGUUUGUUUAUAUUAAGUCAACUGAUUCUGAAUAUGAACAGUGUAAACUGUUGCUAUCUGUUUCUUUAAAUUUUUUUAAGAUUAGCAGUUUUUACAGUGUCAUCUUAUUUACUUUCUAAUUUAUUUUCCUAAUUUAGCAAUCAUUCUUCAUUUGAACUAGACUGAGUGAAGCAGGGGGAGUGUAGGACUGACUGUUAGCUUUGGGUACCUCACCUUGUGGAAGGUGGUUUGUCGCCGUGCUGGGUUCAGACGCACAGGCAUCUCAGUCCCCUAAAAUAAGUCUCAAUCUUUUUGUCUAAAGAUGUCAGGUUUGGGGUUUUUCUUGUUUAAGUUUGUGGUUUGUUUUCGAGGGAGCCUCCUCUGCCCUGCUGAUCGGGGCAUCGCUACAGCUAACCCACGUAGAGGUUCAAAUCAUAACGAGAAAUGUUAGAAAAAUUAAUGCUAACUGCACUGCUCCCUUUGAUUCUUUGCUUUUCUUUCCAACAUUGUAACAUAUACAGUUCAUCAAGUGGGAAGCAACAAUAAAGAGCUUUCUGCAGCUGGAAGUUU